AUGGCCGCAAAGCGAGUCACGAUGAGCAUCGGUCUGAGCCACUUCGCCGUGGCCAUGGCUAUCCUCCCGCAGCACGAGGUGUUUAUUGACGCCAGCCUUCUCCUCGACCUGGCUCGUCGCCGCGACCGCCGCGGCCCUCGCCUCCAUCGCACCGCUUGCGGUCCAGGUAUCUAUCAGAUUCUCCCACUCCAAGGUCGCGCCAUGGACUGCAUAUCCAUGCUCGAGCUCCAGGCCACGAUGGCGGACAGUCUCGAGCCCCUCCUCUCCGUUCUCGCGCUCGUCACCGAGCCUGUCUUCAUCUGCCCUCGCGCGGGGGAUGUGUCCAUCCAGCUCGCGGAGGACUAG